AUGACUCAUACUGGAGGGAACAACGUUGUGUUUGAGUGUCAUCAAGAUUCCAAAGCAGUGCUCGAUUCAGUUAACUCACCAGAAUUCAUGAAUUUCGACUACGAAAAUAUUGAACUGCUGGGAAAAUUGACAAAGGUUCUGGCUAGAAUCAAAGGAUUGCUGACUCGCCCCACUCGCUUCCUAGGGAUUGAAUGGGCUCCGCUUAUUGUACCCAUGAAAAGGCGUCUAGAGACUUUAGCUGUUGUUCAUUUUGUAUUUGUUUGGAUGAUAUUACCAAUAGCAUCAACAUGGUUAACAUUCUACAUUUUAUUUUACACGCGUUUUUGGUGGACUAUGGUGUUAUACUUUCUGUGGACCAUAUACGAUUUCGAUCGACCUCGUCGAGGAUCACGUGGAUGGUCAUGGUAUAAAAACCAUCCAAUAUGGAAGCAUUUUGCCGAUUACUUCCCUCUGAGGGUGGUCAAAACUGCAGACUUACCUCCAGACAGAAACUAUAUUAUUGGAUCUCAUCCACAUGGAGUCCUUUCCAUAGGAGCGUUUACGGCGAUGAUAACGUCCGGUUCUGGAUUCCCUGAUCUCUUUCCAGGAUUGAAAUCCACAAUCCUUACACUCAAUGGACAAUUUUGGUUCCCUUUCAGGAGGGACAUCGGUAUAGCUCUAGGUGGUGUAGAAUCAUCGAGAGAAUCACUUCAGUACCUCCUAGAAAAUCCUGGAAAAGGUCGAGCAAUUGCCAUAGUGCUGGGAGGAGCAACCGAAGCGCUGGAUGCUCAUCCUGGUCGUCACAAUUUGACUUUGUCUUCCCGACGUGGAUUUUGUCGUUAUGCUCUGAAAUAUGGAGCAGAUCUUGUGCCAAUGUACAAUUUUGGUGAAAAUGAUGUAUAUGAAACAAUUCCAAAUCCGCGAGGAUCACGCACGAGAGAAUUUCAGGAAUGGAUUAGGAACAUAUGGGGUAUUUGUCCACCGUUGAUGAUGGGUCGAGGAAUUUUUAACUACAGUAUUGGCAUACUUCCACACCGAAGGCCAAUCACAUCAGUGGUCGGAGCACCAAUAAGAGUGAACCGGGUCGAGAACCCUACCCAACAACAGAUUGACGAACUACAUAACGAAUAUUGCAAGGCUCUCGUAGAUCUUUUUGAGACUCACAAAAACCUCCAUGACAUCCCAAAGGACGUUCAUUUGAACAUAUAUUGA